AUGGCUUCGAUCGCAAAAGCUCGGCCUUCGCGCCGUGCAGCCGCGCGCCGAAGCUAUGUCGUUGAGGAGACAUCAGAAUCCGAGGACGCUGGCAACGUCACACCCACCGCCUCGACGCAAGACAGUGAUGACGACGAGGAUGAGAGCGAAGAUGAACAGGAUUUCACUCCCGUUGCGCAGAGGUCAAAGCGCUCCUCUGGGAAGCGAUUGACUCUCGAGCCCGUCACCCCAGCCACUGUGAAACCGGCGCAAAAGUCACGACAGUCGAGAACGUCAAUCGCACCGGAGACGGAAGAGUCGGAUACUUCUCAGGCAGAAGAGACGGAUGAAAAUGAAGAUGAUGACGAGGGAGUCAGUAUCGCCUCUGCCGCUGCUGAUCCUGAUUCUCCAUCGAAUCAAGCCGCGCUAAAGCGGAAGAGCGUCGAGCCUGCGGAGGCUGAUCCUGAUUCGCCUUUGAAUAAGGCGACAUUAAAAAGACAAAGUAUGACUCAACCCCUCAAGAGUCGUGUUUCGAUCACUCCGAAGUCGACAAAGGGCUCACUUCCCACUCCAGAGCCGUCCGCGUCGCCAGAGACCACUCCAACGCGGGCACAUCGGGAAAGUGUGCCACCUCUGUCCGACAACACCAACUCCGCUACGAACUUCCAGACUCCCUCCCAGCGACCCACAGAAGCCAGACCACAAAUCCCGAUCAUCAACCCCAACUCCACAGUACUUGAGCGCCCGAUGGACAUCGUGAUGAAGUCCAGGAACAUGCCACUGCCUGCGGUCGCCGAGGACUCUGCGGAGCCGAAGCCGCGCAUGAUUAUCCAAAAUCUCAUUCUUACAAAUUUCAAGAGUUACGCUGGCAAACAGGUUGUUGGUCCAUUUCACGCAUCUUUCUCAUCUGUGGUGGGACCCAAUGGUUCAGGAAAAUCUAACGUUAUUGAUUCCUUGUUGUUCGUCUUCGGUUUCCGUGCGAGCAAGAUGCGCCAGGGCAAAAUCUCGGCCCUCAUUCAUAACUCUGCACAGCAUCCUAACCUUCCUUUUUGUGAAGUGGAGGUUCAUUUCGAGCAGGUCAUCGAUCUGCCAGACGGUCGCCACGAAGUUCUCCCCGACUCACAUUUGGUGAUUUCCCGGCGCGCAUUCAAGAACAACAGCAGCAAAUACUAUAUGAACAAAAAGGAAACCAACUUCACAGCGGUAACCACUUUCCUCAAGGACCGUGGCAUCGACUUGGAUCACAAGCGUUUCCUGAUCCUUCAGGGUGAAGUCGAGUCAAUCGCGCAAAUGAAACCGAAAGCUGCCAACGAACAUGACGAGGGCCUUCUCGAGUAUCUAGAGGAUAUUAUUGGAACCUCUCAGUACAAGACUCCCAUCGACGAGGCUGCCGCAGAACUUGAAACUCUGAACGACGUUUGUGUUGAAAAGAACAGCCGUGUCCAGCACGUCGAGAAAGAGAAGGCUGCUCUGGUCGACAAAAAGGACAAGGCGCUGGGUUAUCUCCGUGAUGAGAACGAGCUCGCAGAGAAACAGUCCGCCCUUUACCAAAUUUACAUUGACGAAUGCGCUGACAAUGUCCGUGUAACCGAGGAAGCGAUCCUCCAGAUGCAAGAACUUCUGAACAUGGAGCUGGAAAAGCACGAGGGCAACGAAACAGGCAUCAAGGAGCUCGAGAAAGCCUACAAGCGUGGUGUUCGGGAGUAUGAGAAUAUGGAGAAGGAGUCACAGGCAGUGGCGAAGGAGAUGGCCAAGUACGACAAGGAGAACGUCAAGUUUGAAGAGAAGAAAAAGUUUCUUCUUGGAAAGCACAAGAAGUUGGAAAAGACAAUGCAGACCAGCCGCCUGGCCGCUUCUGAAAGCCAAAGUCUUGUCGAGAAGUUCACAGACGACAUCGAAAAGAAGACCAAGGAGACUUCUCAACUGGAAAAGGAGAUGCAGGCCGAGGAGGAAGAGCUCGAGUCGAUCCGCGAAAGUUUGAAGGGGAAGACACAAGGACUCUCCGAACAGAUCGCAAAGAAGCAGAAGUCUUUGGAGCCUUGGAACGAAAAGAUCAACCAGAAACAAUCAGCCAUGGCUGUUGCUCAAAGCGAGCUCGAUAUUCUUCAUGAGCGAAGCAACGCAGGCGCUGUUUUGCUGGAAGAAGCGAAAGGCAAGACGGUGAUGAUCGAGGAAAACAUCAUGGCCAAGGAAAAUGAGCUUGAAGAACGCCAGGCUCAGAAGGAGACUCUGGAAGCUGAACUUGCCAAAUUGCAAAACGACCUUAGAAAGUAUGGUGCUCGUGAGCCCGAGGUGCGGGCCCACGUCUCUAGUGCUCGACAAAAGGCCGAAGAAGCGCGGGCGAGUUUGGCGAGUACGCAAAACCGCGGCAGCGUCCUGACCGGUCUCAUGCGGCUCAAAGAGUCUGGUCGUAUCGACGGAUUCCAUGGUCGCCUCGGUAACCUGGGUACGAUUGACGAGAAGUACGAUGUCGCGAUUUCCACCGCCUGCCCCGCGCUUGACAACAUGGUAGUCGAGACUGUUGAGAUUGGUCAACAAUGUAUCGAUUACCUUCGCAAAAACAACCUUGGCCGUGCAAACUUCAUCCUCCUUGAUCGUCUCCCUCGUCGCGAUAUGUCAACUAUCUACACCCCGGAAAGUGUGCCUCGACUCUUCGAUCUGGUAAAGCCAAAAGAUCCCAAAUUUGCGCCUGCUUUCUACAGUGUCAUGCAGAAUACCCUGGUAGCCAAGGAUCUUGAGCAAGCCAAUCGUAUUGCCUACGGGGCACGACGAUGGCGAGUGGUGACUCUUGACGGUCAACUCAUUGACGUUUCUGGUACCAUGAGUGGUGGUGGAACCCGGGUCGCUCGAGGUGGCAUGUCUUCUAAGCAAGUUGCAGACACUACUAAGGAACAAGUCGGGCGUCUUGAAGCCGAUCUGGAGGAAUUGGAACGCAAAUUCCAAAUCUUCCAGGAAAAGCAACGGACCAUCGAAGCCAACAUGCGGGAGAAGACAGAAGAGAUCCCGCGCGUGGACACGAAGAUCCAAAAAAUCAUGAUGGAGAUUGAGAGUGCGAAGCGAAGUCUUGCGGACGCUCAGCGGCGAGUGAAGGAACUGCAAGUCACGCAUAAGCCUUCCAAGUCUGACGAAAGCCAGGCGGCCGCUCUGGAGAGGCAAAUCGAGGCCAUGAGUGAUGAGAUCGAGGAGCUCAAUCAGGAGAAGAGCGGCCUUGAGGAGGAGAUUCAAGAGUUGCAGAACAAGAUCAUGGAAGUUGGCGGUGUCCGUCUCCGUGGCCAAAAGGCCAAGGUGGAUGGACUGAAGGAGCAGAUCAACCUUCUCAACGACGAAAUUUCCAAUGCCGAAGUUCAAAAGUCCAAGAACGAGAAGCUCAUCACCAAGCAUUCGAAAGCCCGCGAUACCUCGGAGAAGGAGAUCAACCAAAUCGCGGAGGAGCUGGAGAAACUCGAGGAGGAUAUUGAGAACCAAGCCAGUGAUGCUUCAGACUGGAGGCAAAAGGCCGACGAAGCUCAAGAGGCUCUCGAGGCCAAGAAGGGUGAGUUGAAGUCGCUCAAGGCCGAGCUUGACGAGAAAGUUGCCGAGCUCAACGAGACGCGUGCCACCGAGAUCGAGAUGCGGAACAAGUUGGAAGAGAACCAGAAAGCCCUCACCGAGAACCAAAAGCGCAGUCGCUAUUGGGAGGAGAAGCUGUCGAAGCUUUCUCUGCAGAGCAUCAGCGACCUGGGCGAGGAGCAGGAAACAACCGAGCUUCAGACAUACACCAAGGAUGAACUGGAUGCGAUGAACAAGGAGUCGCUCAAGGCGGUGAUUGCCGCCCUGGAGGAAAAGGUUCAGAACACAUCCGUUGAUCUUUCUGUCAUUGAAGAGUACCGUCGUCGUGCCGCCGAACAUGAGUCUCGUUCUGCAGACUUGGCCGAGGCCCUGUCCUCCCGGGAUGCUGCCAAGGCUCGUUUGGAUGGGCUUCGUUCCGCCCGACUCAACGGUUUCAUGGAAGGGUUCGGGAUCAUCUCCCUUCGCCUGAAGGAGAUGUAUCAGAUGAUCACUAUGGGUGGCAAUGCUGAGCUGGAGCUCGUGGACUCGCUCGAUCCCUUCUCGGAAGGUAUCUUGUUCUCGGUCAUGCCUCCCAAGAAGAGUUGGAAGAACAUUGGUAAUCUGUCGGGUGGAGAGAAGACCCUUUCGAGCUUGGCUCUGGUGUUUGCCCUGCACCACUACAAGCCGACGCCACUCUAUGUCAUGGAUGAGAUUGAUGCAGCCUUGGAUUUCCGCAACGUCUCAAUUGUGGCCUCUUACAUCAAGGAGCGGACGAAGAAUGCACAGUUUAUUGUCAUUUCGCUGCGCAACAACAUGUUUGAACUUGCUUCGCGUCUCGUGGGUGUAUACAAGGUCAAUCACAUGACGAAGAGUGUUACGAUUGAAAACCGGGACUACAUUGAGGGCCGGUGA